GAGAGAAGCAGUAAAAGUAAAUCAGAACAUGAGAGGAGAGGCAGAUGGGAGAAAGGACAGAAGGGAAGCCAUAGAAAGGAUUGGGCGACAGCUAAGACCACUCUGUGGUAUAGCACUCUUAAAAAAUGGUAAAUCGUGAGUGCAUCUCCAUUCAUGUUGGCCAGGCUGGAGUUCAGAUUGGCAAUGCAUGCUGGGAACUCUUCUGUCUGGAGCAUGGCAUUCAGCCAGAUGGCACCUUCAAGAAUCAGCCCAACCAAGUCAACAACGAUGACUCCUUUAACACAUUUUUCAGUGAAACAGCCACAGAAAAGCAUGUGCCACGGGCUGUCAUGGUGGACUUGGAACCGACUGUAGUAGAUGAAGUGCGGGCCGGUGCUUACCGGCAGCUUUUCCAUCCAGAACAGCUGAUCACUGGAAAGGAGGAUGCAGCUAAUAACUAUGCUCGUGGUCACUACACCAUUGGUAAAGAAAGCAUUGAUCUGGUGCUUGAUCGUAUCCGUAAGCUGACCGAUGCCUGUUCUGGGCUACAGGGAUUCCUGAUUUUCCACAGCUUUGGUGGGGGCACUGGCUCUGGCUUUACCUCCUUGUUGAUGGAACGCCUCUCCUUGGAUUAUGGCAAGAAGUCCAAACUGGAGUUUGCCAUCUACCCAGCCCCUCAAGUCUCCACUGCCGUAGUGGAGCCGUACAACUCCAUCCUGACCACCCACACCACCCUGGAGCAUUCAGACUGCGCCUUCAUGGUGGACAACGAGGCCAUCUAUGACAUCUGCCGUCGCAACUUGGACAUUGAGCGCCCCACUUACACCAACCUUAACCGUCUCAUCAGCCAGAUAGUCUCAUCAAUCACUGCCUCUCUGCGCUUCGAUGGUGCCCUCAAUGUGGAUCUGACAGAGUUUCAGACCAACCUGGUGCCCUACCCUCGCAUCCACUUCCCCCUCAUGACAUAUGCACCCAUUAUCUCCUCCGAGAGAGCCUACCACGAGCAGCUGUCAGUGGCAGAAAUCACCAGUUCCUGCUUUGAACCCAACAACCAGAUGGUGAAGUGUGAUCCACGUCAUGGAAAAUACAUGGCCUGCUGCAUGCUGUAUCGCGGUGACGUGGUCCCCAAAGAUGUCAACGUAGCUAUUGCUGCCAUCAAGACCAAGAGAACUAUCCAGUUUGUGGACUGGUGUCCAACAGGCUUCAAGGUUGGCAUCAAUUACCAGCCUCCUACUGUAGUUCCUGGGGGAGACCUGGCCCAGGUGCAACGUGCCGUCUGCAUGCUAAGCAACACCACAGCCAUCGCUGAGGCCUGGGCCAGGCUGGACCACAAGUUUGAUCUGAUGUAUGCCAAGAGGGCAUUUGUGCACUGGUAUGUUGGUGAAGGCAUGGAGGAAGGAGAGUUUGCAGAGGCCCGAGAGGACUUGGCUGCGCUGGAGAAGGACUAUGAGGAAGUGGGAACUGACUCAUUUGAAGAAGAAAAUGAUGGGGAGGAAUUUUAAAAUACACCUUGUUAUUCAAUAGCACCGAAUUGUCUCUGUGUCUCUUUACUGCAUGUGUCUGCAUUCCUGUCUGGUACCUUCUCCAUGUGUGUAAUAUAUAGAGAAUGAAGAUCAGAAAGGCCCUUGAAACACAAGAAAGCUAACAUGUUUAGUAUGACCACUUAAUCCUAAUUAUGCAUGAUCCUCACUCAAUACAAGGGAGUGUAACAAGCAUUAUAUUCUCUGCCAGUCCACCUUGAGAGAAUUUUCUUUUCCAAUCCCAAAUGUAAUUAGCAAUUUAACCCACUGCAUACAAGCUAAAGUCACCAUAACUGAGCAUCUAAUUCCAGUUUUACAAGCCUUCAUAGGGCCACGGGAAAAUAGCAUAGACCUCACAUUUGACCUACCU